AUGGCGCGUCUGUCUCUUCUGUCUGCGCCCCUCCUCGUGGGAGGUGCUGCGGCCGUGACUCUCUCAGUUGCCUCGUCUGGCGGAAACGCGACCUCUGGGUACCAAUAUGGCCUUAUGUUCGAGGACAUUAACCACGGUGGUGAUGGCGGCAUUUACGCCGAGCUGAUCCAGAACCGGGCCUUCCAGGGCUCUACCGAGUAUCCGUCCACCCUCGACCCGUGGACGGCUGCUGGUUCUGCCUCGCUCGCCCUGGAUAACAGCUCUGAUCCUCUGUCAUCGGCCCUGCCAACCUCUGUAGAGGUGACAGCAAUAGCCGACGGUGCUGCUGGCAUUCGAAACCCAGGCUGGUGGGGAAUCGACGUUUCGGCCUCAAGCACCUACGCAGGAAGCUUUUACGUCCUGGGAGACUACUCGGGCAACUUUACGGCGAGCCUUGUGUCCGACAUCACCAAUGCCACGCUGGCCUCGACAACAUUUUCGGGCUCGUCGAGCGCAGACGCCUGGACACAGUUCAGCUACGAGCUCACGCCGUCAGCCGACGCGGCCAACAUCAACAACAGCUUCGUCUUGACCUUUGACGCAUCAGCUGGCGACGUCCUGAACUUCAACCUCAUCAGCCUGUUCCCGCCCACGUACAAGGACACGCCCAACGGCAACAGGCCAGACCUCAUGGAGGCCCUGGCCGCGCUCAACGCCAAGCACUUCCGCAUCCCCGGCGGCAACAACCUCGAGGGCGAGGACCCCCCGUACUGGUGGAACUGGAACGAGACCAUCGGCAACCUGACAAACCGGCCUGGGCGCCCUGGCACCUGGGACUACGAGAACACGGACGGCCUCGGCCUCGUCGAGUACAUGCUCUGGUGCCAGGACCUGGGGCUCGAGCCUGUCCUGGCCGUCUGGUCGGGCGAGUACCUGGAUGGCACCAUCAUCUCCGAGGCCGACCUAGAGCCGUAUGUCCAGAGUGCCCUCGACGAGCUUGAGUUCCUCAUGGGCGACGCCUCCACCACCUACGGCGCCCUGCGUAUCGCCCUCGGCUACACGGAUCCCUUCACCAUCAAGUUCGUCGAGGUCGGCAACGAGGACAACCUGAACGGCGGCGAGGACAGCUACAUUGAGUACCGCUUCAAUGCGUUCUAUGAUGCCAUCUCGGCCGUCUACCCAGACAUUCUGAUCUUCACCUCCCUCGCCGACCUGAGCUACACCUAUGAGUCGUCUGGGCAAGACUAUCACCAGUACACCCUGCCCAACUACUUUGUCGGCCAGUUCAACUUCUUUGAUAAUAUUGCUGCGGGCCAUCCCAUCCAGGUCGGAGAGUUCGCCGUCGUGCAGAACAACACAAAUAACGUGAGCGACACGACCAACUGGGAUGACGCCAAGAAUCCCUGGCCAUACUGGAUUGGCUCCGUCUCAGAAGCCAUCUUUGUCAUCGGCAUGGAGCGCAACGCAGACCGCGUCUGGGGCUUCUCCUAUGCGCCCCUCCUGCAGAACCUCAACUCGUACGAGUGGUCGCCCGAUCUCAUCUCCUUCACCGCCGACCAGAGCCAGACCGUGACCAGCACCUCGUACGACGUGCUCAAGCUGUUCGGCAACGCCGCCUUCACGUCCACCCUACCCGCAGACACCACCGAUGACUUUGGCCCCGCCUACUGGGUGGCUGGUGUGGACAACGCCACGAGCACCUACUAUGUCAAGGCCGCCGUGUAUAACAGCACUGAGGACGUUGGGUUCAAUGUUACCUUUGAUGGCGUCGCGAGCGGGUCGACGGCCACACUGACGGUGUUGACGGCCCCAGACGGCUACAGCUAUAACAGUAUCGGGUCUGUGGAGCUCAUCACCACGACGAGCAGCUUGACGGCGGACGACGGCGGUGCUUUUAGCUUCAGCCUGCCAAACCUGAGCGUUGCGCUGCUGGCUGCAGCGUCGUCGUGAGGUGCUGUCCUGAGACGUGUGAAUAUAUGAAGGAGGGCAUUACAUAUUGUCGGAAUAAAGGCAUUGGUCUCAUGUGGGUGAAAGGGCUUUUCAGGCCCCUGACACCAGGGCCCUUUCACUAGGUUUCGGGCUAGCCGGCCCUUUGUUGUACUUUUCCUAUAGAAACGGGUGCACCAGUACCUCUGGCCCCAGGAUAGUUAGAAGGAUUAGUGCAAGUGAACUAUGACCUGGCUUUUCACCC